AUGGUUACUGGUCUCGAUCUGGUAGACAUCUGGAAAAAGCUUAAUCAUAGUGAACCAGGUCACACUUUCCAUUACCAUUCCGGUUCUUCUAGGUCUUCAAUAAAAUGGUAUGAGAUAGAACGUGAACCUUUAAUAGAAGAAGUCAAGAAAUACCCGUGUCUCUAUGACACAAACUCCAAAUCCUACAAAAACAUAACAGUGAAAACAAACGCCAAGUUGGAGAUUUCACACCUUUUUGAAAAUUGCACUGUGGAAGAUGUGACCACUCAGUGGACACAGCUUGUAGAUAAAUUCAGAAGAGUUAGAAAGGUGUCCAACAUCGAGGAUCCAACAGGGACUCCCACAAAAGACUCAAGGCACCAACUUCCGCAAUGGGACUUGUACCACACAAUGUUUACCAAUCUUUCUUCAGCAAAGGUACGACAUAUUGAUUUAGUUCAAGAACGUGGUGUGGAUCAAAUGGAGAAUGAAGAAUAUCGAAAUACUGACAAAGACAAUGUACUCUAUUGGAAUGACGUGUCAUUCGUAUCAGUAAACGAUACACAGUCACUAACUCUAGACAACAAAUCCCUUGUUAACAGCGAAGAUUCUCUACCAAUUUCAGAUGCUCUUCCAAGUUAUCCUGAUAGCCGUAUACAGCGCAAACGGAAAUUAGAAGAGUCUAAAGCGGAAAAAAAUAUUUCAUCGCUGGUGUCGCAGUUGAUUAAUGAUAAACCAAAUCAUACUAUGAUAGAGAAAACAGAAGAACUUGACGCAGUGACGAAGCAGUGGAGAAAUUAUUGCAAAGUUUUCGCCGAUAAAGUUGCUAAGAUCAAGAGUAACAGCAUAAAGGACGAAAUGCGAUUCAAAGUGGAACAAUUGUUAUAUGAAGCAGGGAAGAAAGAGAAGGAAAAGUCAAAGAGGAAGAUGAAGGAAGAAGAUAGGAUAAAUCAAUCUUAA